CACUUUGUGCCAAACAAGGGAGCGAGCACAGCGGCAAAGCUUGUUAGAGUGAACCAGUUCUGCUUCAAAGUUCAAACCAAACAACUUGAAAUGGCUCAAACGCCUAGGUCCACUAAUCUGAAAACUGAGAGAGUUCAGUCACAGCCUGAAAGACCAAAUCUUCCUACGGAAGAAAUGGCACAAGAGAAUGCACCUCCACAGAAGAAAAGCAAGGCAAGGAAGAAACGGCCAAGGUACUACACAGCAGUUAGGCGAUCUUCACGCAUCCGAAACACUGUGACUCCCUCUCAAAACCGGAGCCUACAGCCAGUGCAGAUUACAAUCAGUGAAAGCGAGAGUGAAAGCGACAGAGAAGAGGAGCCUCCUUGUUUGGAGGAGAAUGUGGAGGAGCUGGCUGUUCGUGGUGAGAAAACAUUGGAUGAAAAAGUGGACUAUGCUGUGCAGUUAUUGGAGACUAUGAGCUCACAGGGUAACAAUAGGAUCUCUGACACUUCUGAACUCAGAUACAGAAGUUUGUACUUUGAGUCCCAAAAGCAGAAUGAGAAAUUGAAAAAGGAGAACCGUGAGCUUUCUUUGAAGUUGCAAGUUGCUCUUGCCAAAAUUGAAGGAUUUGAGAAAGGGAGUAAUGCAUCUGUGGAAUGGAUGGCAAAAUUUAAAGAUGUGUUGUUGGUUACAAGCUUGGCAAAAGCUUCUGAAAUGGUUGCUUCUCAAGAUCCUAAAGCGGCUUCUUCUUCAAAGAGAAAGAGACAUCCCUAAAGGGAAAGAGAAGAUAAAGAGAACUGAAGCCCUUUUGUAUAGAAUGAAUUAUGUUCACAUAUUGGUAUGGAGUUUGGACUAUGCUUCGGUUCGCUACUAAGUUCUAAUGUUCUGAUGGCAUACUUUAAGCACUUUGACUUUGACUAAGUUCUAAUAUGAUCUAGUUAA